GGAGAGGAGGAGCCAGUGGAGGUGUCUGCUGCAAGUUCCUGGCUGCUUCUGAGCUCACCCCAUCCUCCAAGAGGGAGGAGGCCUGAGCGGUGAUGCUGCGCUGCUGUCGCUGCCGCCUGCCUCUGCUGAUAUUCUAGUGGGGCUGGAAGGGUGGUUCCUGUUGGCCACAUCGCCAACCAGAGAGGAGGAGGAAAAAAAUCCCAGCAGCCGCUGCUGAUGUUGGGUUCGGAGGCUGCAUCCGACUCGGUCACAAGGAAAAUGGAUUCAGUUUGCAUCUCUCCCUCCUUUCUACAGCUUCUCCGAGUCUCAGCAUGGGCUUCCAGGGCAGAUGUGGACACCUUACCAAGGAGCGCCAUGCAGUAGAUGCUGAAACCACGCACCCCAGGCUAAGAAUCAGUAACAUGGCAGCACCUGCUUGAAAGGAUUACAAACCAACAGACUCCACUUAGGAAGGAACAAUGUCCAAGAAAGGGCGAAAUAAGGGCGAGAAGCCCGAGGCACUCAUUGUCGCCCUGCAAGCUGCCAAUGAAGACCUCAGGACCAAGCUCACAGACAUUCAGAUAGAGCUGCAUCAAGAGAAGUCCAAGGUAUCAAAGCUUGAAAGAGAGAAGACCCAAGAAGCAAAGAGGAUUCGUGAGCUGGAGCAGCGCAAGCACACAGUCCUGGUAACAGAACUCAAAGCCAAGCUCCAUGAGGAGAAGAUGAAGGAGCUGCAGGCCGUGAGGGAGAAUCUCAUCAAGCAACACGAGCAAGAAAUGUCAAGGACAGUGAAGGUGCGGGAUGGAGAGAUCCAGAGGCUCAAGUCGGCUCUGUGUGCUCUCCGGGAUGGCAGCAGUGACAAAGUAAGGACAGCGCUCACCAUUGAGGCCCGGGAGGAGGCCCGGAAACUGUUUGAUGCAGAGCGCCUUAAGCUCUUACAGGAAAUUGCGGACCUGAAAACGGCCAAGAAGCAGGUGGACGAGGCUCUGAGCAAUAUGAUCCAAGCGGAUAAAAUCAAGGCUGGGGACCUCAGGAGUGAGCAUCAGUCCCACCAAGAAGCCAUCUCCAAGAUCAAGUGGGAGUCGGAGCGGGAUAUUCGGAGGCUGAUGGAUGAAAUCAAAGCCAAGGACAGGAUCAUCUUUUCUCUGGAAAAGGAACUGGAGACCCAGACAGGCUAUGUACAGAAACUCCAACUGCAGAAGGAGGCCUUGGAUGAACAGCUCUUUCUGGUUAAGGAAGCUGAGUGCAACAUGAGCAGUCCCAAACGGGAAAUCCCAGGAAGGGCAGGAGAUGGCUCCGAACACUGCAGCAGUCCUGAUUUGCGAAGAAAUCAAAAGAGAAUAGCAGAGUUAAACGCCACUAUAAGAAAAUUAGAAGAUAGGAACACUUUGCUUGGAGAUGAACGAAAUGAAUUGUUAAAACGUGUGCGGGAAACGGAAAAGCAAUGUAAACCUCUCCUGGAAAGGAACAAGUGCCUUGCCAAGAGAAAUGAUGAGCUGAUGGUGUCUUUGCAACGCAUGGAGGAGAAACUAAAAGCCGUCACCAAGGAAAAUUCAGAAAUGAGAGAAAAAAUAACAUCGCACCCACCUUUGAAGAAAUUAAAAUCUCUGAAUGACCUCAGGCCUGUUUUGGACCCAUUCAUUGGCUAUGAUGAAGACUCUAUGGAUUCGGAGACAUCUUCCAUGGCCUCCUUCAGAACAGACCGAACACCAGCUACUCCCGACGAUGACCUCGAUGAGAGUUUAGCAGCUGAAGAAUCUGAGCUACGAUUUCGACAAUUGACAAAAGAAUACCAGGCCCUCCAAAGAGCAUAUGCCCUGCUACAGGAGCAGACGGGAGGCAUCAUCGAUGCUGAGCGAGAAGCCAAGGCUCAAGAGCAGCUCCAAGCAGAGGUGCUGAGGUAUAAAGCCAAAAUCGAAGAUCUGGAAGCAACGCUGGCUCAGAAAGGGCAGGAUUCACACUGGGUAGAAGAUAAACAACUUUUCAUUAAGAGAAACCAGGAGCUUUUAGAAAAGAUAGAAAAACAAGAGGCAGAAAAUCACCGGCUACAACAGGAGCUACAGGACGCCCGAGACCAGAAUGAGCUGCUGGAGUUUCGAAACCUAGAACUAGAAGAGAGAGAGAGGCGAUCCCCUCCAUUUAAUCUACAAAUCCACCCAUUCUCAGAUGGUGUGAGCGCUCUACAGAUCUACUGUAUGAAAGAAGGUGUCAAGGAUGUGAACAUCCCUGAUCUCAUAAAGCAGCUUGAUAUCUUGGGCGAUAAUGGGAAUUUAAGAAAUGAAGAACAAGUGGCCAUCAUUCAGGCCAGUACUGUGCUGUCCCUAGCAGAGAAGUGGAUCCAGCAGAUUGAAGGAGCAGAGGCCGCCCUACACCAGAAAAUGAUGGAAUUGGAAAGUGACAUGGAACAAUUCUGCAAAAUAAAAGGCUAUCUGGAAGAAGAACUAGACUACAGAAAACAAGCUCUCGACCAAGCAUAUAUGAGAAUCCAGGAACUAGAAGCUACUUUGUACAAUGCUCUGCAGCAAGAAACUGUUAUCAAGUUUGGUGAAUUAUUAAGUGAAAAACAACAAGAGGAGCUGAGGACGGCAGUAGAAAAGUUACGGCGGCAAAUGCUGAGGAAGAGCAGAGAGUAUGACUGUCAGAUUCUCCAGGAGAGAAUGGAACUCUUACAACAAGCCCACCAGAGAAUCCGUGACUUAGAAGAUAAAACAGACAUUCAGAAAAGACAGAUAAAGGACUUAGAAGAAAAGAAUAACCGAAAACAAGGAACAGACCCCAGAAAGGCAAAUGCUUCUAAACCUUCAAAGAUGGCAAAAUUGUUUACACCAGUGCGAAGGAGAUCAAAAGCUAAGAAGUACCCUGUAGCCAAGACUGCAACUUGUACUUUAAAGCCAUUAUUCAAGGUUUCUUACUUGACAGUUCCUACAUGACCCUGUUGAAAAUCUACAAUAUAUGCUGCAUUUAAUGAAACAUGUAUAUGUCAAACCAGAAGAAAAGAACUAUAAACAUAUAUUGUGUAAAGAAAAAAAUCAGCAGUGAAACCAGUUUCAGCAGAUCAAGCAAAGAUGUGUCUUGGGCAUGGAACCAAAGUUACAAUGAAACAUUCAACCCCUGCUGUGCAGGGGGGGUCAUUUUAAUGUAACACCACACCCCAUGGAAAUACCAGUCCUCAAAAUAAACACAAUUUUAAAAAAUCAAAACAAAACCAACAACAACAAAAAAAAAUAAGGGUGGGUGGGGAAUGAAGCACGAGGAAUACCUAUGAGGAGCUAUUUACAAUAAAAUGUUUCAUUUGAAAAGUCUGGUUUCUUACUACAGGGAUUUGCUUUUCUGUCUUUAUGAUUGUUUUAAACUCAGGAACAGAGACAUCUGCAGUGUGAAGGGAAGAAAAGCACUCUCCAUUUUGAUUUUCUGCAAAAGAUGAAGCUAGUGGAAUGCAUUGACAGAUGACAGAAGUGGAUCUCAGUGACCCUACCUAAAGUGGCAACCAAGUCAAAGGACUCCGGUGAAUGUAACAUGAGAUGUAAAUGUGGAUUUGAUGCUUCUUUAUUCUUCUCUCACAUCUGUACUCCUUCACCAACAACAGACUGAUCUCAUUCAUAUUAAGAAGAUGAUACUCUAAAUUGCAAGCUCCCUGACUUAGUUCUGUUUAGAACACCAACAUCCAUAGGGAACAUGGGCCAGAGAGUACCUCUGAAUCCUUCUAUUUCCAUAAUUGCUGGUUUUCAGUUUAAAAAUUGCCUGCAAUGAAUAUGCUAUAUGAUUUGGGUUAAAACAUCAUAUAGAGGUGAUAAGUAAACUUCUACCAACAGUUGGGUUUACCACCAAAAUGUGAAUAUUAAAAUUUCCUGAUAUACCUAGAGCAAUUUGACCUCUUGUCAUUUAGAGUGAUGACUUUUCUUCCUGGUCAGCUAGCAGCAACAAGAUGGCUCUACUUUUCUACAGAGAGGUAACAUUAUGUUGCUGAUAAGGCCAUUUUAUACCAGAGACAAUUAGAAGGCCAGUAUUUUUCCUAAGUUAUGCAUUACUGAGUCUUGGACUCAACUCUGAGAGUAACUACAUGUUCCUGAAAAGUUAAUUUUACACCUCAUUUACUAUAGAUAACAAGAUAACCUCAAUUUUUCAAAAUGUCAAGGUUUUAUUUGUGGGGUUAGAAUUCCCACGCAUAAAGAAUGUGUGUAGGGAGCCAGAAACUCUUUUGACAAAAUGCUACACAUAUCUUUCCAUAUGUGAGUUCAGUAUCUUUAUCCUUCAGUUUUAGUGCUAACCUUUUUCAAGCCAGAACAAUAACUGAAGAAUCUGCAAGAAAAUCUAGAACACUGGGGACCCACUUUUUGUCCUUGUACGUACUGCUGACCCAGAUGUCUUUGACCCAGUCACUUAACCUCUCUGUGCCUCAGUUUCCUCAUCUGCAAAAUGGGGUUGAAAUGCUUUUUCAUGAAAUAUUUUAUUUGCAAUUCUGGAACAAGAGGUGCUUAAAGUAGCACAAAGUGCUUUGUAAUUAUUAUAACUGCUGUAUUUGACUUGUGUUGUUGAGAAAAAGAUUCCCCUGUGUAAUAAAAUAGUGCUUCAGUUUGGUUAAAUCUAAGUUUUGCAGCACUGAAGCAUUGCCAUCAAGCUACCUGAGACAUUAUUAGCAAUAAAGAUUGAGAGAUCCCAAAUCAGGAUCUCUAGCCACCUAUA